AUGUCGUCUCCAGACCCGGAAAUCAUAGACCUCACGGUAUCUCCAAUCCCAGAAUGGAUCGUCCUUGACUCUGACGGCGAGGUUGCGCAGACUGAGGAAUCGAAGACGAACGGCACCCCCGCCGGGCGCAAACCGAGGAAGAGGCGGUCGACGAGGCGCAAACGUGCUGCUAUGGAGGACGGUGAGAUUGGCGAUGGUUCUCCGGGGACGUCGGCGGACCAUUCGCGCGAAAAUACAUCUAUCGGUGGGAGAGAAGGAGGCGUUGGCGAAGUCUCUACUGGCACGACUGCGGGUUCAUCACGGACGAAGGACACCCCGCGCUCUAACAGGUCGCUACUUGAUCGCCUCACUAGCCCGAGGGGGGACACUCGGAAUGGGUAUAGUAGAACACAACGAGAGCGUCGCGAGGGAGGUGACACUGCGCGAGGACCAGAGCGGACACCUCGCCGCGACCGGAACCAGGAUGAGGAUAGACGGCGUCGUUCACGUUCUCCACGACGGUCGCGACGCAAUGAUGAUGCUAACACGACAGCCCAAACCGAAACACCUGUCUUUUUCGUCGACGUGCAGAAGACAGAAGUCCAUAUCCCCGCUCAGCCGAAUGGAAUCCCUGAAGAGAAGACUAACGGAGAACCGGAACCGCCUGUGCUGUUACUGCCGGUCCAUGUUUCUGUCUUCGGCGAAGAUGGAGUUGAACCGGUCGAAAUCCUAGCGCCAGCACCACAUGAAUCAGAUGAUGAGAGCUAUAUCGAAUACCUUGACUAUGAUGAUGAUCGAAGGGCGCCUUGGAUGGUCCGGUAUUUCGAUCAGGUUGAUGAGGAGGACAAAGUGUCCAAGCCCAAGACAAUCGUAUGCAAGAAUUGUGGCGCUGAAGGAGAGCACAAAACAUAUGAAUGUCCAGUCCUAAUUACAUGUCCAAAUCGCCACUCGAGUAGAGGCGCAGCGAGCAGCUACGAGGAUUGCGAUCGCUGUGGCUCUCACACGCACAACACCAACGAAUGCCCUACUCUGUGGCGUCUAUAUCAAUAUGUCGACGACGCCGAGCGGCAAAAUAUACUGCAAGAACGAGAAGGCAAGCGUAGAUUGGCCUUAGGCCAAGGCGGCGAAGGAUACAUCGCCACGGACGAAUGGUGCUAUAACUGUGGUGGCUGUGGCCAUCUUGGUGAUGAUUGCAGAAGCAUGCCCCGUGCAGCAGAUGCGCCUCGCGAAUAUUCCGCCUUCGGGUCUUAUAACCUUCUUUCUGGGCCGUUCGCGGAUGCAUCUGCGCGUACUCCCUCCCAUUCAAGUACUAAAAGAGCACCUCGAGAUUGGGAAGUCGCGGGCGCGUUCGCAGACGGGUACGGUUUCCAGGCGCCGAUGGACGUUGGCAAACAGGGCCGCCGGAAGGAACGCGCGAAGAUGGAGAAACGUGCCCGCGAGAUAGAGGAAGCGGACCUGGACCCGGAUGACUGGUUUGGCAAUAGGAACAAGACGCGCCGGGGCGAGGAGCGACGCGGGGGCGGCGGAAGAGACCGCGGAAGCGGAAGGGAUCGUGGGGAACGGAGCGGAAAGAUGCACCUCGAGCUAUCGCUGGGGAGGAACGGUGCACGCGAUGACCAGCAGCGGGGUGGGCGGAAACGGGUCGUCUACGAUGAUCUACCGGGGCCGUCGCGGGAGACCGACUCCAUACAGGACAAUAAUGGCAUCAACAUCCUAUACAGCAUUAAAUAA